UACAAUAAGUCACUACUGAUCACUCCAGUGUGAUUUCUUCGAUCAAUAAUAAGUAUUCGUGCAAGAGCGCGAAAGUGGAAUUGUGAUACUUUAAUUUGCUUAAUUAUUUUCUAUGAAGCAGAAAAUCCUGCUAUAAAUCAGUAUCACUAAUUUUGUAUUUUUGAAAAGUUAUAUUGUUUUGUCUUUAGAUAUUGCUGGUUUGGGUUUUGAAUUAUGAGUUCAGUUUCGAAAUAUAGUGAAAUGUGUGAUUUUGUUUGGCAGUAUGAAAAACGUAAAAAAUGGCAUUCUUUCAGUACUAAUGAUAUGCAACUUUUAAAUGAAGCUGUAAAACAAGGUGAAUGUUCAAUUCCUCUUCCUACAAAGAAACAAAAGAUUACUCUGAAUUUAAAUAAGAUGUGUCAAAUUAAUGAUGUUACUCGUUAUGAACAAAGGAUUCGUUGUUUAAUAACUAAUUCUGGUUUAUAUGCUUGGCUAUGGAGAAAUGAUAAAAGUGACUGGGUCAGCUUUGUUCCUCAAAUAGCAUUUUUGUUAGAAGUAGCUUAUCAAAAAAAAGAAUUGAAACUAAUUCUUUCUAAUUAUGAAUUUGACUUGGAAAAUUUUGAAAUGAUUUGUUGUAAUACGAAUGAUUCUCAACUUAUUAAAAGAGAAAGUAUUGAUAUCUCAACAACUUCUAUAGAAGAUAUUAUUGAAAAAAGUAAAGAAGAGUUUGCUAAAGCUUGCUGUGCUGAAUUUUCAAGUCUUAAAAGGUUAUUUGAUAAUAUGUCUCCUAUACCAGAUGUUACUAGCUUACCAAAUAAAAAAAGGCGAAAAGGAACUAAAGCGAAUGAUGAAAAUGAAGAUGUUAUUCUUCCUGUGCCUGGAAUUUCAAAAAUCAAAGAUAAUCUUGGUUCCCUUAAUGGAAAGGAAAGUACUUUCAGUGAUGUUCCAGUUGAUGCUGAAUGUCCUAUUAGAGCUGAUUUCCAUGUUUAUUCGGAAAAUACUGCUUUUUCUGCCACUCUAAAUCAAACUAACUUGCAGAAUAAUAAUAAUAAAUUUUAUUUUAUUCAACUAUUGAAACAUAAUGACAAGGAGCAAUAUUAUGUUUGGCGUAGAUGGGGUCGUGUUGGACAACGUGGACAAACAAGCUUGAAUAAAUAUGGUACAAGUCUUUCUGAAGCAAAAAUUGAAUUUGAAGGAAAAUUUUAUGAUAAAACUAGAAAUAAUUGGAGUGAAGCUGAUAGUUUCAUUCAUGUUAAAGGAAAAUAUGAUUUGCUUCAAAUCAAUUUAGCUCCACAAGAAGAAGCUAGAAAAAUUGAAAUCAAAACAUUAAAAUCCAGGCUAGCUAAUGAACUUUUGGCCCUCAUGGAGUUAAUAUGUGAUACCCGGAGAAUGGAGGAAUUUAUGAAAGAAAUGUGUUAUGACUCUAAUAAAACUCCUCUAGGACAAUUAACUUCUCAACAAGUGAAAAUGGGUUACGCUGCUUUGAAUAAAAUUGCAGUAAUUCUUCAACGAGGUGGAAGUAGCAAUGAACUAGUGGCAGCUUGUAAUGACUUUUACACAAAAAUUCCUCAUAACUUUGGCAUGAAGAGACCACCUAUAAUUAGAACAUCAGAGGAGCUUGAUCAGAAACAAGAAAUGUUGGAAGCCUUGAUCAAUAUUCGUGUAGCUAUGAAGGUCAUGAAUGAUGAGACAGAUGCUACUGCUCAUCCAUUAGACAGAUACUAUAAAUCAUUAAAUUGUUCUCUUAAUCUAGUAGAACCAGAUUCUCUUGAAUUUAAGGAAAUUCAAAAAUGUCUUCUAGAAACCCAUGGACCCACCCAUAAUUCUUAUGAAAUGGAGAUAGUUAGCAUUUUUAAAUGUUUUAAACCUCAUGAAGAAAAAGCUUUUAUAAAUCAUGAAAAUAAACUUUUAUUGUGGCAUGGAUCUAGGAUUAUAAAUUGGCUUGGAAUUUUGAAAGAUGGACUUCGAAUUGCUCCACCAGAAGCUCCAAAAACCGGCUAUAUGUUUGGUAAAGGUAUAUACUUUGCUGAUGUGAGUAGCAAAAGUGCCAAUUAUUGUUAUGCUACAAAGAAGAAAAAUGAAGGUCUUCUCAUCAUGUGUGAGGUAUCAGUUGGGAAACCAUAUCCUUUAUAUGAAGCUGAAGAUAAGAUGCCUGAACUUCUUCCUCAAGAUUUUGACACUGUUAUUGGAAAAGGAAGACUUUCCCCUUCUGAUUUUCAGCAUGGAGCGCUUUCAUCUGAAGCUAAGGUUCCUGUUGGUCCUUUGUUGGAAAAUCCAGAUCAUGCAGGAUCUUUGCAGUAUAAUGAAUAUAUUGUAUAUUCUACAAAAAGAGUGAAAAUGAGAUACCUUGUUAGAAUUAAAUUCAACUAUAAAUAAAUCUUGAUUUUCUUAAAAAGUAUUCAUUGAGUACUUAAAAAGUAUUCAUUAUUGUCCCAGAUUAUAUAUUUAACAAUCAAUGUAUUUUUCAGAUUUUCAAUAAACUAAUCAGCAUUUACUUGUA